AAAGCCACAGCCUCGUCUUUUCAGCCUUGCGCGACAGUAAAGGUUACGCCAAGCGAACCACCUCACCUGAAGUUUGAGAUUCAUUCACCAUCCCCCAACAACAACAUUCCAACUCAGCGGAACAAUCUAGAUUGGCGCCAAAAUGGACAACUCCUAGCAGAUUUGAUAAACCUCUCUUCUCAGUGCAAUGGCGGACGCUCAGAUCAAUCACCAAGAUGCCUUGGAUUACUGGCAAGCCAUUGAUGCCGAUGUCAAUGGAAUGUUGGGGGGAUUUCCCUACAUCUCUAAAGUUGAUCUUCAAGGAUCGAAGAACUUUCUUGCCAAGCUGGGUAUUGGAGGCAAGACCGAGAAGAAGGUGGAGAGAGCGGUGGAUUGUGGCGCUGGGAUUGGAAGAAUUACUGAAGGACUUCUGCUUGGUCUUGCUGAGAAAGUUGACAUCGUCGAGCCAAUUGCCAAAUUUUCUGAUAAUCUAAAGGGAAAGUAUGGGAUUGGCGAGAUCUUCAACGUUGGGCUGGAGGACUGGUCGCCUCAAGAGUCUGAAGAAUCGAAGUAUGACUUGAUAUGGAAUCAGUGGUGUUUAGGUCACCUGACGGAUGCCCAACUCACCACAUAUUUGGAGAAAUGUCAGAAAGUCUUGAAGACCGGUGGCCUCAUCAUCGUGAAGGAGAAUAUGAGCACGAGCGGGGAAGAUGUGUUUGACGAGCUUGACAGCAGUGUUACACGGUGCGACCAGAAGCUCCGAGAUAUGUUUGAGAAAUCUGGAUUGAGGAUCAAGAAGACCGAGAUUCAGAAGGGACUACCAAAAGAGUUGUAUCCGGUCAGAAUUUAUGCCCUCGUGCCCGAGAAUUAAGCAUGCUCGCAUGGCUGGAUAUGUCAAGAGUUCACGUGGCACGAUGUAGGCAUCCGGCUGCAAGCUUAGGGAAAUACCCUGGGAAAAUGAAGUCUUGAGAGAGAUAGCAAACAUUGUGUCUUCCCGCCUGGCAUGAAAGUAUGUGAACCAUGAGCGGAGCGGUGCAAGGACCAUGUGAAGGGAGAUAGGAUCUAAAAGUGCUGCUUGCGAUGCUGCUGCUG